AUGAAAUCCACAGUUUCAGUCAGCAUCGCAGCUCUUGCGUUGCUUUUUCAAACAACCACCGCUCACACUUGGGCAGACGAACUUAGGGUCAUCGCACGAAAUGGAACUAUGACUACAAAGGGUUACCCACGUGCUUACGUUCCACGAUUGGCCGGAUACAAUCCCGACGACAACCUCUACAAACUCUUGAACGAUGUUUCCAGUGAUACUCCAAUCUGUGGUCCAAAACAGACACCAGGAGCAAAAUCUGUCGACUCAGCGUACCAAGCUUUGAGCGCCGCUCCAGGAGACUUUGUCGCCGUCAGAUACCAAGAGAAUGGGCAUGUUACUGAACCUACCCAAGCAGACACUCCCACACAAGGCAAGGGAUUCGGUAGUGGGCUCGUAUAUGUAUACGGCACGGCAGACAGUAAAGCAACUGACAAGAUCAGCGCCAUUCACAACGUAUGGAACAAGGAUGGAACUGGUGGAGACAAGCGAGGAAAGCUUCUUGCUGUUCAGUACUACGAUGAUAUGGCAUGCUUUCUCGCUGGCAAUACCAACGGCCAUCUCUUCGUGGACACUCCUACUGGCAAAAAAACUCUCGCAGAAGUGAGACAAGAAGCUUAUCCUUUUACACCGACGGAUCCCAUGGGCGCAAAUCUCUGGUGCCAAACGGACUUUCAGAUCCCGAAAGAAGCACAAGCAAAUAAGGACUAUAGCAUCUACUGGGUUUGGGACUGGCCUACCAUGGACAAAACCACUGGCCAACGCGUUGUCAAUGAAACAUACACUUCUUGCGCCGACAUCGCCAUUACCGGCCCUGCCAAUACUGAGGAAGUCGCAUAUGUCGCACCUCAAGAUCUCAAUAACGCCGCGCAAUGGAGUCAGAUGGUCAAUCAUUUUGUCGUCGAUCCUACCGCUGCUCAAAAGCCAUUCUCUCUUCGCGUAACCACUGAUCUCUGGGCUAAACCAACAGCCAUUGCUGGAGCUCGAACAACAGCCCAUGUGCAACCGACCACCGCAUCCUCCGUCCCUCAGCAACAGUCCUCCACUACGCAGGAAGUAGCAACGGCUACAGCCGUUUCUACACAACAAAGCAUCACCACUGUCACCGUUUAUAUCACGCAGACCUCAGGCGUUGCAAAACCAACCGGUGUCGCAACUGCUGCGCAAGCAGGCGUAGGAGCUCCUUCUGGCUUUGCGUCAGCAAGCGGCUCUCUCCCUUCUGUUUCACCUUUCAUGAAGCGCUCGAUCCAGAUUCGAGGACGCGCAGUGAACUAA